UUGAACAGCAUCUGUCUACGGUGGCCUUUAAGGGUCUUUAUCUUCUGUUUUGCAGAAGUGGGAACCUCCUUGUUGGUUCGUCUCUGUCUGGAUAUGAUAACAUUCAUGAAUAGUUCAGAUAGUGAGGAAGAUGAAUGCAAUGAAAGAACUUCACUAAUUGCAUCGCAAAGCCCACCUCUUACAUCCUACCAAGAUGGGAUACAAACUCCUGCAGAAAUGGAUGUAGAAAAUCACAGGAAGCAACAAAAUGCUACUAGCACACAGGGGGUCGGGGAGACAUCUAAUGGCCAGACAUCACGGUCAAGAGAAUCUAUUCAGGAAGCACCAACAGACAGCGAAGAAGAAGAGCUGACACUUAAAUAUGGUGCUCGGCAUGUUAUCAUGUUGUUUGUUCCAGUAACUCUUUGCAUGAUAGUUGUCGUUGCCACUAUAAAAUCUGUCAGCUUUUAUACUGAAAAAAAUGGGCAGUUAAUCUACACACCCUUUUCUGAAGACACCACAUCAGUCGGUCAGCGGCUAUUAAACUCAGUGCUGAAUACAUUAAUAAUGAUCAGCGUUAUACUUGUGAUGACAGUAUUUCUUGUGUUGUUAUACAAAUACCGCUGCUACAAGUUUAUUCAUGGGUGGCUGAUUCUUUCAUCUCUAAUGUUGCUGUUUAUGUUCACUUACAUAUACCUUGGUGAAGUCUUGAAAACAUAUAAUGUGGCAAUGGAUUACCCAACACUUAUUUUGGUGAUCUGGAAUUUUGGAGCAGUAGGUAUGAUCUGCAUCCAUUGGAAGGGUCCACUACAGCUCCAGCAGGCUUACCUUAUCAUGAUAAGUGCCUUAAUGGCCCUCGUCUUUAUAAAGUAUCUUCCAGAAUGGUCAGCAUGGGUCAUCCUAGGAGCCAUAUCCAUUUAUGAUCUAUUAGCUGUAUUAUGUCCAAAGGGUCCUUUGAGGAUGCUGGUGGAAACAGCGCAGGAACGAAAUGAACCCAUAUUUCCUGCAUUGAUCUAUUCCUCUGCUAUGGUUUGGACAGUGGGAAUGGCAGAUGCCAGAGUGAAUCAACCUCUCCUCAACACAGAUGCAGUUGCAGCAAAUACAAACCAUCUGACCCAAGUGGAUAGUGAGGUUACUGAUACCCGUAUUCAAACUCCUGGCAAUCAAACUACAUCUUUUGAGGAUACAGAUGAAGAACGGGGAGUGAAGCUUGGUCUAGGAGACUUCAUAUUUUACAGUGUACUUGUGGGAAAAGCAGCUGCAACAGCUAGCGGUGAUUGGAAUACUACACUUGCUUGUUUUGUGGCCAUAUUAAUAGGUUUAUGUCUGACCCUCUUGCUGUUGGCCGUGUUCAAGAAAGCACUUCCUGCGCUCCCUAUUUCCAUCACGUUUGGCCUUGUAUUCUACUUUUCUACUGACAACAUAGUGAGGCCUUUCAUGGAUACCCUCGCAUCCCAUCAAAUGUAUAUAUAGCAUACUGUUUCUACUGAAGCAAUUUUAGAAGGCUGUGAAUCCGUGUAUAUGUGUGAAAUAAGUGAUUUUACACUUAGUGCCAUAUAUUUUUAAGAUAUAAGUGAAAUGAUGUAAAACCAACAGUAAUCAUGGGAUCAAACCAAAACUAGUCGGUGUAUCUUUAAGUAAAAACAAUAAAUAUAUGCCGGAUUUUAUAUUAUAGGAGCACAAAUAGCUGUUACUCAAAACCUAACAAGUGAUGGAACAUAUUCUUGUUUGUAAUGAAUACAUACUAAUAAAAUAUGAGUGCAAGCAUUAUAGCAUGAGCUAGUUGAGUAUAUUCAUGUAUGCUAAGAGUAGUUCAUGUGAAACAUGCAUUUCAGGGAAUUUGUAGGCAUAGGAGGUGUCUUUUUAUCUUAUUGUGUACUGUAGAGCAAAAAAAAAAUAAUAAUUACAAGGACAGUGUACUGUCAAUAAUCAAUUUUCACUCAAUAAUUGUAUUGUCUAUUAACAGAAAAAUAUUUUGUCUCUUUACCCAGACUGAGCUAAAAAUAAAUGAAUAGAAAUAUUCCUACAUAUAUUGUACUCUUUAAUACAAUAUUAACAGAUUUUUUUAAUAUAUAUUUUUACUUGUUUGUUCAUGUCCUUUACUAUUACCUAUAUAUGUAUAUGUAAAUGUUUUCUUUUGUACAUUUAAGGUGAUCCUGACCAGAAUAUUGUUAAUUUAAUUUAAAAAGAAUUAUGUUUCACACAAAAAAAAUAUAACGUUUAAGGCUCUGAACCUGUCUCUGGUUUCUUUUAUAAGCUGUGUAUUUUAGAUUUAAUGAAGGUAUAGCUGCUAUUUUACAUUAAAGGGACACUGUACACCAA